CCAGUGAUGUCAUAAUAUCCUACUGAGUCUUCGGGCCUCCUGGGAAGGAAGCCCUGAGGAGACGGUAGAUUGCUGGAUCAAUCACAUCUGUUUCCCAAUGUAUUUUUUAUUGUUUAUCUUUUUAUUUGAGGUUUUUCUCCCAGACAUAAGCAAUCUACAGCCCAGUGUGGAACAGGACCUUGAUGAUACGCCGUCAGAUGAAGAACAGUAUUACUCAGAUGAUGAAAAUGUGAGCAACAAUGACUCUGAACAUGAAGAUGACAAAAAUGAAGAAUCUCAUCCUCUCAUACACAAACCAGAAGGAAAUGAAGGUGGCACUCCUGCCCACGAGACACCCGUCAACUCCUAUAAAGACACGAAACAUUAUGUGUUCACCACACAGAACUCAAAUGGCACAGACUCUGAAAUAUCUGUGAGUGCUACCACGAACCUGAAGUUCGCGCUCAAGAACUACAAACUCGUCAACGCAACUGAAAAAUCGCCAGAAAAAUCCAUCGGUGAAGAAGAAGAAAAAUCUAAUGAGCCCUCUCGUAAACAUAUACAAACAUCAACCCACAAUGUGCCUGCAUUUUGGACAAAUCUAGCUAAAGUUAUAAAUGAAACCCCAGUGAACAUGAAUGAUAAAGAUCAACUCUAUCAAGCAAUUCCAGGCUCUGAUUUGAACAAUACCAACAAAGACAAGCUGUCAGAGAUAGAGGAGGCCAAGAUCAAAUUAAUGCUGGGGAUCUCACUGAUGACCCUUGUCCUCUUAAUUCCCCUCUUGAUAUUUUGUUUUGCCACGCUGUACAAAUUGAAACACCUAAGUGACAAAAGCUUUGGCAAUCAAUACUCCGUCAACCCAGAGCUGGCGACUCUGUCUUACUUCCACCCAUCUGAAGGUGUAUCGGAUACAUCUUAUUCCAGGAGUGGCGACAGCUCCUGGGGCAACACCACUUCAGACUUGAAACUAUCCAGCACAAAAAAGUCAAAAUUGAAACCUCUGGAUUAUUCUGGAGAUUCUGAUCAAACAGCCUUAAACGAGGAGGAAACAGCAGCCUUCCUUCCGCUCGAGGAGUCAUACUUACUUCCACCCGAGGAGUCAACCUUCCUUCCUCCUGAGGAGCUGGGUGAGCAACCUGUUAGUGAGAACGUCCCUCUGGAGGAAAUGAAUGAGGAGCCCAUGGUUGGUGAGGCAACCGUUGAGGCACCUUUGGUUGAGGAACAGCAAAUCACUGAGUAAAUAACUUUAAUUCUUUGGUUGUAUACAUAUAUAUAACAAGAUCUUUGUGUCUCACAUAGAUAUCUUAAUUUUGAAACUACAAAUUUAAGAGACAUCUAAGUUUUCUGACGGCCUAAGGGCAUAUUCAAUAAAAACUAUCACACUGAU